AAUUAGUUGAAGAAAAAAGCAUAUUUCUUUUGUCCACUGCUUUCUUAUCUCCACUCAUAUCUUGUCUUCAAUCAGAUCACUUCCAUCUUAUUUCCACUAAUCUUAUUUACAUACAUUCAUAGCAUACACACCAAUUACUCCCAAUCCAAUUUCCAGUUUACGUUUUCACUGUUAACAAUGGCUGAAGCCGCUGCUGCUGCCCUGAUCAAAGUCAUUUUUGAGAAGCUAGCCGUUGAAGCCUUCAAGAAAUAUGCUCGCUCUCAGAAUAUCCACUCCGAGCUCAAGCAAUUGGGGAUCACGUUGUCCCAUAUCCAAGCUCUGCUUAACGAUGCUUCUCACAAGGAAAUAACUCAUGAAUCUGUCAGACUAUGGCUCACUAGUCUCCAACAUUUGGCUUACGAUAUCGAUGACGUACUCGACGAUGUGGCUACUGAAGCAAUCAAUCGUGAGCUGAACCCGGAAUCAGAAGCAAGCACCAGCAUGGUAAGAAAGCUCAUCCCAACUUGCUGCACAAACUUCUCACUAAGUCAUAGGUUGUCUCCUAAGUUAGAUAGUAUUACCACCCAGUUACAACAUCUAGAAAAACAAAAGGGUGAUCUGGGUUUAAUUGUAAAAGAUGAAAAGCCAAAAAAUACUAGUAGAAGAAACGAAACAUCUUUGCUAGAAUCUGAUGUUGUUGGACGAGAAGGUGAGAGAGAGAAGUUGAUCAACAAGUUGUUACAAGAUGAGCCAUCUAAGGAAAACUUUAUUAUCGUACCCAUAGUUGGUAUGGGUGGGGUGGGUAAGACCACUAUGGCUAGAAUAUUGUAUAACGAUACACGAGUGAGGGAUCACUUUAAACUCAAGGCAUGGGUUUGUGUAUCCGAUGAGUUUGAUAUAUUUAAAAUAAGUGAAACUAUAUAUCAAUCUGUGGCUAAAAAAAGCAAACAAUUUAAAUAUUUAAAUCAGCUUCAAGUUGCUCUUGGAGAAGAACUUAAGGACAAGCGAUUUCUAGUAGUAUUCGAUGAUGUGUGGAAUGAAAACUAUGACGACUGGGAAAACCUAGUGCGUCCAUUUCAUUCUAGGGCUACUGGAAGUAGGGUAAUCAUUACAACUCGCUAGCAACAACUGCUUAAAAAGAUAGGUUUUAAUCAUCUAGACCAUCUUGAGAGUUUGUCGCAUGAUGACGCUUUAUCUUUAUUUGCUUUACAUGCAUUGGGUGUAGUUAACUUUCACUUACAUGCAACACUUAAAGCACAAGCGGAAGGUAUUGUAAAAAAGUGUAGUGGUUUGCCUUUAGCUAUAAAGGCAAUUGGAAGGUUAAUGAGGACAAAAACCGAAAGAGAAGAAUGGAAUGACGUGUUGAACAGUGAGAUAUGGAAUUUAGAAAAUGCUAAUGAAAUUGUACCAGCCCUUAGGCUAAGCUACCAUGAUCUUUCUGCUGAUUCGAAGCGCUUGUUUGCAUAUUGCUCUUUGUUCCCAAAGGACUUUUUGUUUGACAAGGAGGAGUUGAUAUUAUUAUGGAUAGCUGAAGGUUAUCUGAACGAGUCAACUGCAAACAAGUCACCAGAACGUUUGGGCCAUGAAUAUUUUGAGAAAUUGCUCUCAAGGUCCUUUUUUCAACCAGCACCUAAUGACGAAUCUUUUUUUGUGAUGCAUGAUCUCAUGAACGACUUAGCCACAUUUGUUGCUGGAGAAUAUUUUUUAAGGUUUGACAAUCAGACGGAGAUGGCAGAGGAAGCUUUAGCCAAGUACCGACAUAUGUCAUUUAUGCGUGAGAACUAUGUAGGUUUCCAGAAGUUCGAGGCAUUUCAAAGAGCAAGAAGUUUGAGAACAUUGUUAGCCGUACAUGUUGGGGCGGAAACAAGAUGGAGUGAGUUUUACUUAUCCAAUAAGAUUCUGGUUGACUUACUUCCUCAGUUACCACUGUUAAGGGUUCUUUCUUUGAGGCGUUUUAAGAUAAGUGAGGUACCGGAUUCUAUUUGUUGUUUGAAACACUUGAGAUAUCUUAAUUUGUCUGAAACAAGAAUCUCAAAGUUACCAGAGAAUGUUGGUAAUCUUUAUAAUUUACUAACAUUGAUAGUUUUUGGAUGUAAGAUAUUGACCAAGUUGCCUAAAAGCUUCUUGAAGCUGAAAAAGUUAAGGCAUUUUGACAUCAGGAACACUCCACUUUUAGAGAAGUUGCCCUCAGGGAUUGGUGAGUUAAGAAACCUUCAAACUCUCACCAAGAUUGUCGUUGGAGGAGAUGGUGAGUUUGCAAUAACCGAGCUUAAGGGAUUAAAGGAUAUCCAUGGGGAAAUUUCCAUUGAGGGGUUGAACAAAGUGCAAAGCUCAAUGCAUGCACGAGAGGCAAAUUUAUCUUUAAAAAGGAUUAAUAAGUUAGUGUUAAAAUGGGAUGAUGGUUCUAGAAGGGAAACACUUGAUAAGGAGGUUCUCAAUGAGUUAAAGCCCAAUAGUGAUCAGUUGAUAAUGCUUGUGGUUAAGUCUUAUAAGGGAAUAGAGUUUCCAAAUUGGGUUGGGGAUCCGUCUUUUAAUCAACUGGUCCAUGUGUCGCUACACGGUUGUAGAAAAUGUAAAUCUCUACCGCCACUUGGGAAGCUACCUUCACUUAAGGAGUUGUCGAUUCAAGGCAUGGAUGAGGUUAAAGUCAUAGAUUUGGAGUUAACCAGGACUAAUGAUGUUCCCUUCUCCUCACUUGAAAUUCUAAGGUUUGAAGAUAUGUCGAGUUGGGAGGUAUGGUCAACCAAUAGCGAGGUAAUCUUUCCAUGCCUUCAAGAGCUUCAAAUAAAAAAAUGCCCCAAUUUGAGUGAUGUCUCGCUUGAAGCAUUACCUUCACUAAGAGUAUUAAAAAUAGAUGGAUGUUGUGAAAGUGGGCUGAGAAGUUUGGUUCGAGCAGCAUGGGCGGUUGAAGAACUAAGCAUAUUUAAUUGUAAUGAAAUUAGAUAUUCGUGGGAAUCAGAGGCAAAGGCAAGUAAAGUUCUUGUAAAUUUAAAGAAAUUGCAGGUAUAUUAUUGUAAAAAUUUGGUGAGUUUAGGAGAGAAAGAGGAGGAUGAGGAUAACAUUGGGAUCAAACUCCUAUCAUCUCUUAGGAAGUUGGAGAUACAGUCAUGUGAUAGUAUGGAGCGUUUGUUUUGUCCAAAUAGCAUUGAAAGUUUAGUUAUCAGUGAUUGUAUGCCCUCCUCCACCUGUUGUUGUUGCCUUUGAGAAGCAGACAUCUAUAUCUAUAACUUUAAGCAUUGGCAUGCUUGUGAUUGUAUGCCCUCCAACAUCUCACAGCCCUUCAACAUCUCUCCAUUUGCGGAUGCCCGCAGAUGAUCCAUCUACCAGAAACACUGUUGCCAUCACUUUUGAGUUUUAGAAUAUAUGAAGAAUGCCCAAAAUUGAAAGAAAGGUGUGCAGGAAGAGGCUCACACUACUGGCCUCUCAUCUCUCAUAUCCCGUGCAUCCAAAUAGAAGACUCUCA